GUGUGUCAAUUACUUUAUGGUGUGUGCCCAUGGGUGUUUCUCAAUGGAAAAUAUGAGUCCCACCCACCUUCCUUAUAUACAUACAGGGGCUGUAGCUUGAAAAAGAGCUCAGCGCAGCCAGGACAAGGCGUCUAGCGAACCAAAAACCAUAAACCAUGAGCUAUCCAGGAUACCCUCAAGCCGGUGGCUACCCACCCCAAGCCGGUGGCUACCCACCCCAAGCCGGAGGCUACCCACCCCAAGCCGGAGGCUACCCACCCCAAGCCGGAGGCUACCCACCCCAAGCCGGAGGCUACCCACCCCAAGCCGGAGGCUACCCACCUCAAGCAGGGGGUUACCCCUCUCAGGCUGGAGGUUACCCCCCUCAGGCUGGUGGCUAUCCUCCACAGCCUGGAGCUGGAGGGUACCCAGCCAUGCCCCCGGCAGGUAGUUGGGGAGGUGGUGCUGGUUUCCCCACCAUAGGUGUUGAUAAUCUGUCCAACCCUGGAUUCAACGCAGGCAAUCUUCCAGGCAUGGCCAACCAGAUCUCAUCAUCCAUGGGGGGCUUUAACCCCAACCCUGCCAUGUUCACCUCUGGUGGGUACCCCCAACAUUCCCCCCAGCCCCCUAACCAACAGCCCCAUGGCCUGUACCCACAGCCAGGUGGGCAGAUGCCCCAGACUCAAGGCCCAGGCAUGGGCUACCCAGGCCAGCCCAUGCCUGGCUACCCACAGGCACCCUCACCCAACCCCUCCAUGCCUGGUUACGGAGGAGGACCAGCGCCUAACCAGCCCAUGCCAGGGUACCCUCGUGCCCCGUCGCCCAACCCGUCCAUGCCAGGAUAUGGAGGUGGAGCCAUGCCCGUCGCUCCUGCCAUCAACAGAGGAUUCCGGGGAAGCAUCAAGGAUUAUCCAGGAGCAGACCCACUGAGAGAUGUGGAGGUUCUGAGGAAAGCCAUGAAGGGCUUUGGUACUGAUGAACAGGCCAUCAUAGACCUGCUAGGAAGUCGCUCCAACAGACAGCGUGUUCCCAUGCUCAUGGCCUUCAAAACCUCCUACGGAAAGGAUCUGGUUAAGGAUCUUAAGUCCGAGCUGUCAGGGAACUUUGAGAAGCUGGUGCUGACCAUGUUGAAGACUCCAUCCCAGCUUGAUGCAUACGAACUGAAGGAAGCCAUUAAGGGCGCAGGGACAGACGAGGCCUGUCUGAUAGAGAUCCUGUCCUCUCGCUCCAAUGCAGAGAUCAGAGAGCUCAACCAGGUCUACAAGACAGAGUAUAAGAAGUCUCUGGAAGAUGCCAUCAGUGGGGACACCUCAGGACAUUUCCGUAGACUCCUCAUCUCUCUGGCCCAGGGUAAUCGAGAUGAAAGAGAGACGGUGGACAUCUCUGUAGCUAAACAAGAUGCUCAGGCACUGUAUGCUGCUGGGGAGAACAAGGUGGGAACUGAUGAGUCCAAGUUCAACGCCAUCCUGUGUUCUAGGAGCAAACCCCACCUCAGAGCAGUGUUCCAUGAGUACCAACAGAUGUGUGGCAGAGACCUAGAGAAGAGCAUCGACAGAGAAAUGUCUGGAGACCUGGAGAGUGGAAUGGUGGCCGUGGGGGACUAUAAGAAACUGCUGUUAAAGCUGUGUGGAGGGAGCGACUAGAGGGACCAUGUCAGCUCUCUACGGGAUCUCCUCCACACUAUAUCCAUUUACUGACUGGCCUAUAAUAUAAUCAUUAUCAUAAUAUAUGCCAUUCUGCCAAUCUGUCUGACUGUCUGUCUAUGCAUGCACCACAAUCAGCAGUUCUGCAUGCCAUGCCAUCCAUUUUUUCAAUGCAACUGUUGUCACAUGUUAUGAUAUGAGAACAUCAUGUCCUAAAGCUGUUCCUUUUCUAUAUUUUUAUGAGCAACAAAGUAUAUAUUUUUCAAUAMGUUUUCCUUUGAUUGGUGUUAUAUCUUAGUCGAUCAAAAUGCCCUUAAAGGUACAAUGUGCAACAUUGAUUAGAUUUGGAAUUUAAAUCAAUAUAUAUAUAUUUUUUAAAGAUAUAUUUUAUUUUAACCAGCCUGUGCCAAUAUUUUGCGUAUYUAAUUGUACAAGUUAAUUCAGUACUAAUUGAUUUAGCUGAGCAAUKUUGAAUACGUUACUCUGAUAAGAAUAAUUAGCAGCUAAAAUACCAAAGUGGUCAGUUUAUAUUUAAGCAAUAAUGCCUGAGUGGGUGUGGUAUAUGGCCAAUAUACCACGGCUAAGGGAUGUUGUUAAGCAGU